UCUCAUACGACCCAGGAUGCUCCAAUUUGGCUCCGCUCUCGGCUCCGGAGCCAUGCCGGAGCCUUGCUGGACACGUCCCUUCAUGAAGCUCAGGUCGUUGAACCUGAGGUUCAUACGAGAAUGAAUACAGCUGGAGCUCGAGUUGGGGUCAAAAUCAAUCCAAUUGGGGCAGCAGCAGCACAUGAGUCAAGCGCCGAGGGUCUGUUCGAUAAAUACGGUCGGAAACAUAGCUAUCUGCGGAUAUCGUUGACGGAGCGAUGUAAUCUGAGAUGUAAGUCGGCUGCUUUUUUGCAGGAUAGCAAAAAAUUCCGUCCUCUCGAUCAGCAGUAUUUUAUUUUAUGUUUGAUUGAUUUGAUUGAUUUCGUUGAUUUGAUUGAUUUCAUUGAUUUGAUUGAUCUGAUUGAUUUGAUUGAUGAUUUGAUUGAUUUGAUUGAUUUCACUGAUUUCAUUGAUUUCAUUGAUCUGAUUGAUUUCAUUGAUUCGAUUGAUAUUUCCGAUUUCGUUGCGUUAACCCAAAACAGAAAUCUCAACGUUCGUUUCAUUGAGUAUAUGCCGUUCGGAGGAAAUAAGUUCGAGUUACGUAAACUUGUGCCCUAUAAGGAGAUGCUGAAGAUUAUUGGCCAAAAAUAUCCCGAAGUUAUAAAGCUAAAGGAUCACCAAAAUGAUACGGCAAAGGCGUAUGCAGUGCAUGGAUUUCGUGGCAAAUUUGGUUUUAUCACGUCGAUGAGUGAGCAUUUUUGCUUCACAUGCAAUCGUCUACGAAUAACUGCGGAUGGAAAUUUGAAGGUGUGUCUUCAUGGAAGUAAUGAGGUAUCGCUGAGGGACGUGCUUCGCUCGGGUGCUACUCAGCAGCAACUUGAGACGGUUAUCCGAGAGGCUCUCGGCAGAAAGAAACGACAACAUGCUGCAGAUCUUAAAAAUCCGAUG